AUGAAUGAACUUACUAUUGGCUCACAUUUCAGGAAUCGCUCGCCAUCCCUUGAUACUAUUCCUCUCGACAUACUUUUCGAUAUAUUUCAGCUCCUUCCUAUCCAAAGCGUCCUGGCACUACGGCAGACUAGUAAAAGUUUUGAUGCCAUCACCCGUAUGCACAGUCUCUGGGCUUUUUUUCUGCGGUCUCUUGUCCAGCAAAACAUCCCUAUACCUUAUUUCGAUGGGAAAUCCCCUGAGUCUCUGUCAGCCUCAGAGCUCGAGCGGUUCACAUGUCGCGCACUUGCUCUUCACAUCAACUGGACUAACCCUAAUCCGAAUCUGAAGAGAGAAGUUCAUUUUGGGGCGGCCGUGAAAGAUCCAUACGUUUUCUUUAUGAAGUUUCUCCCUGGCAGAGGAAAUCGUUGGUUAAUAUCUGUCACGAGUGAGGAAUUCGAAAAACGUAUCGUCCAGUGCUGGGACCUUACUGUCCUACAACCCGUGUGCAUAGCAAAACUGACGUACACGAAUCGGGCAUUGAACAACCGUGUUAUUAUCAAUAACGAUCCCUCUUCUCCAGCCAUAAUGGCGAUCCAGUCCGAGCCAGAAGUAACGGAAAUACUCACCAUCGACUUCGAAGAGAAAGACCCCGAGUCAGCAUUCGUUCUGCUGAGUGCCAUCAAUGGACGUAGAGAGAUUAACCUACUCAGCGGGAACACGCUCAUCACCAAGAAUCAAAAAUGGCACGGAAAAGUGAGCAUAUGGGACAUCAGCGAUCAACCUUAUGAGAAAAUCCAAUUGGUGAGCCCCUCACCAUAUUACCGAUGCCGAGCAAUGCAUCUCUGUGACGAUUACCUGAUAAUAUUCUUCAUCCAAACUGUCAAGCUCUACUCGACCAUUCCCCGACCCACCGACAUUGCAACGCCGGGAGUGCCAAUCUCGUAUCCACUCGCACAGUACAACUUCCACCAUCAGGUCAUAGACAACGUCGAUAUGUCAGAACAAGUUAGCUGGCAUGCUGCGCGCUUGCGCCGUCCAUCGCCAAUCAACAUUGUCGUUCGAAUUGGAUCCACCUUUUCCUGGUCGGGGCACACAUUACAUCAUUUCGUGCUUGACCCAAAUCCCGCGUAUGUCCCAGGACGGGAGACUUCUCUAUACAACCUUCCAUACUUGAUGCAGCCCACUCUAGUGCACACGAUAUGCUCUCCAGUGCGGACGAUAUGCUAUGCGAAUUUGUCAGAUCAGAAGUCGGACGUUGCUCUCGGACGAUAUGGUACUAUGCUCUUACUUGACAACCAUUUCCCAGACUUGGCGGACAGGAUGGAGUCUAGCGACUUCCAACAUCAGCGACUUUCAGUACGGAUACUGACGACUACAGGAGGAUCCUCGACUAGUCAGCAUAACUCACAUCGUUCCAAGGCAUUUCGCGUGCGAGCCAGCAACUAUUGGAACGGGGUAGCGAUUGAUGAGGAGUCUGGGAGAAUUGUGGUCAGUGAUGUGGACGGUACGAUAACACUCUUCGAAUAUCUUUAA